GAGCGCGCCUCGGACUCCUGUAGUCUAUCUGCUGCCGCACACUGCGCUCAGUGCGUGGACACGGACACAGCUCAACAUUUCUUGUGUCUUCUGAAAUACACUGGGAUUAUUUUAGCGCUUUCCUGCAGGAGUGACAGUGAAAUAAACAGAAAGACACAAGCAGAUCUCAGCAGACUCCAUGUAAGGAAUUUAAUGCAUGUUUUCUGCGCGCGUAACGCGAGUUGCGCCCCGUUCAGCGGACAAAGUUUAUUUCAUCUCCAUGGUCCCACGAAGCUGGACCGGAAUUUGAAAUUAACACACCAUUCAGAAUAUAUCUAUGUGACGGGACACAUAACAAUGGUGAAUUCUGUAUGGAGAUAGACAUCCUCUUUCCAACAAGGCAAAAGGAAUUUUAAUUUUAGUUUUUGUGUGUGUGUGUGUCUGAUAUCCACCUUUCCAAGCUCUCUUCUGGAAUUGUGGCCAAUAUUUAAAGACAUUUCUCCAGGAUGGCAUCCAGCCUCACGUGUACGGGGAUGAUCUGGGCUCUGGUGUCCCUGCUGAGUGCAGCAGCUUCCUGCGUGGGGUUCUUCAUGCCCUACUGGCUGCUGGGCUCACAAAUGGAUAAGCCAGUUUCCUUCGGUACUUUCCGGCGGUGCUCGUACCCUGUUCGGGAUGAAGAGAGGCAGGCUACGAUCAUGCUGGAGCAGUGUGGGCGCUAUGCAAGCUUUCAGGGUAUCCCGAGUGUGGAGUGGCGGAUCUGUACAGUCGUGACGGGGGUUGGAUGCGGCCUGCUGUUGCUGGUGGCACUCACAGCGGUCAUGGGCUGCUGCAUAUCAGAACUCAUCUCCAGAACCAUCGGACGUGCAGCGGGGGGCAUGCAGUUUCUUGGAGGUCUGCUCAUCGGUUCAGGAUGUGCUCUAUACCCUCUAGGGUGGGACAGUGAGGAGGUCCGGCAGACAUGCAACAACAGCUCAGAUCAGUUUGAACUUGGCUCUUGUCAGAUCGGCUGGGCGUACUACUGCACUGGGGCCGGCGCCACCUCGGCCAUUCUGCUGUGCACCUGGCUCGCCUGUUUCGCAGGGAAGAAACAAAAGCAAUACCCGUACUAGAAGAACUGACCUCAACUACAGCCUGAACCACAGCAGGACAGAUGCCUUAGACGCAGUGGAGACCGACUUUGCAGCCAAUGGCAUGACGGCUUUCCUCCAUUAAUGCAACUCCGACUCAUUAAAAGACUCAAAAUGCUCAUAUGGACAUUUGUGUGAUUAAAAUGAGCAUGCACUUUUCAAAGAGACAUGACUUUUGGCAGUACUUCCUCUGCUCUCUCUAAAAAAAACUAGAGAGUAUCUAACGUGAAAGGACCAAUUAUUGUGUGUGUGUGUGUGUGUGUGUGCCUUUUUAUGUCCACUGUUGUGAAUAUUACAAGUGUGCUUUUUUUCUUUGUUUGUUUUUUUCUCUUCUUUCUUUCUCUGGAAUUGAUAUUGUAAAAUUAAGCUUUGGUAGAUGUAAAACAGAUACUUUAGAUGAAGUCUGUAUAUAUACAGUAUAUAAACUAUUAAUAUUACUAUGCCCUGAAAUAUGCCUUACAUACUGCAUAUAAAUACUAUACUUUAAAUUCUAUAAUGCAUUAAAACUAAAGCUGGCAUUUAAAAAUGUGAAUUGAUUAAAAUUAUAUUUAGUUACAUUUAAGAAUUAAAUGAAAAAUUAAAUCAUUUGUCGGCACCGAUAGCCAAAAACUCAAAAAAAAAAAAAAAAAUGGUUGUACUGGUAUGUUGUUAUGGACAGUGGUGAAAUAUAGUUUAGUAAUCAUUAUCUAAAAAUAUUUGACCACUCCAGAAUAAAGUAUUCCAGAGUCAUGUUAUAAAAUGUAUUUAUUGUUUAUGUAACAAUUACAAUUACAAUGUGUGUUAAAAAAUAACGUUAAGCAUUAUAUAUACAGACUUCAUGUAAAUUGUUAUCAAAAGAUAUAUUCAUCAUUAUUGUGUUUAUAUUUACAUACCCAUUGUGAACUGCAAUAAUAUUCAUAGUUAAUAUCUAUAUAUUGCCUUUUUGUUUCAAAGCUUGAUAAUUUUUACAUUAAUGUAUGCUAGACAUAUAGAAUACAAUAUAUGUUCUGAUGAAAUAUGACUCAUUAACAUAUUGUGUUAAAAAGACAACAAAGAGGAAUCAUUGCUUAUUUGAUUCAUCUUGUGUUUGUGAAUAAAAUCUGUUUAUAAACAUUUUAGUUUUUAUGUUAAUCAGAUAUAAAAUAUUAGCUUAUAAGAAAAUAUUACACACACUACAGUACAUUAAAUCUCUCUACACAGAUAUGUCCACAUUAGUUGUUAUGAGGAUUUAGGUAUCUACUCAUUAGCACAGCUACAACCGUUCUUCACACAGAACUUUUUACACACCAUUUUCAUAAUGAUGGUUAUCAAAAGUUAGUAUGAAAUGGCAUAUUCAGCCAACUAUGCUUCCAAAAUCUGACAUAUUUCAGAGUACAACAAGACACUCAAUGGAAUUAAAGUAGGUUGGGACUUCAUUUUAUCCAUCAGGAUUUGAUUGGAUGGUUCCAUGUUAGUUGUUACAUUUGAUAAAAGAUUGUAAAGUAUUUUAUGCUUUCUUUGGAAUAAUGUGCAGCGAAUCCUUUUUUAAUGUUUAUGUUAAAUCUUAUUCCAAGUGAAUCUAAUAUCAGUUGGUAGGCAGGUACCGCUAACCGCAUGUUUGUGGUGUUUAUAAUUCAUAUCCCGAGCUCACACACUCAUUAGUGGGGCAUGAAGCUGCUCCUGUGAUCUGUUCCCAUAAUGAUAAUACCCACGAUACUUUACACACACACAGAGGAAACCUCUAUGUCUCUUUCAUUCACACUUCUAAGAGAUCCUGUUCUUUUGGUGUUAAGUGUCUUGCAGUUCUGUGUAAGAUCUUUUUCUCCCAUUGAUAUUGCUGGAGAUUGUUGGAAGUUUGAGGUGCGCAGCAUGACACAUUGGGGUCAAGUGAACAGAGCACUUCACUCCUCUAUUAUCUCAGCUUGACAUCUCACCACUGGCAGUGAGAGAAGAUACAGCAAAAAUACUGUUUGAUAUCGUUACAGCCAUUAUAUACAGCAGUUUCACUGAACACAUUGCUAUUGUUAGCCCUGACAUGUGAAAGAGAUGUGAGCAUGUGA